GAUAGGGAUUGAAUCCAGGGCCGUCUGCAUGCAAAGAUGAUGUUCUACCACUGAGUGGUGGUCCCUCCUUGGGAUGAGGUCCUGAGCCAGUACAACAUGCCAGGUCCGAACCAAACUGGGUGCAAUGAACGCUCCAUGCAGGCCUCGCCAUGGAAGGCUGUGACUCAUCUGUCAUCUCGGGGAAGGACAAUGGGUGUGCUAUUCCUCAGCACCAGCAAUGGACUGAACUCAGCAGCACCCACCUCCCCAGCAAACCUUGUAACAUGGAGCCAUCUGCAGCGGAGAGCCAUGAAGCCCUAGACAACCGGCGGGCUCCUUUCAGUGAGCACUCCGCAGAAAGUGUCGUUGCCUCUGGCUCCAGCACUGAGCCAGCCAGCAAGGAGGUCAGCUGUAACGAAUGCUCCACCUCCUUCGCCAGCUUACAGACCUACAUGGAGCACCACUGCCCCAGUGCCCGUCCGCUCCUCCCUCUGCAAGAAGACUGUGGGAGUGACACUGGCGAGGAGGGAGAUGAGGAAAGUGAUGUAGAGAAUCUGGCAGGGGAGAUAGUCUACCAGCCAGAUGGCUCGGCAUACAUUGUUGAAAGCAUCAGUCAGCUGAUCCAAAGUGGGGGGGUCUGUGGGGGUGGCAAUGGCACCAGCAGUGGGACGCUCCCAUCACUCUUUAUGAACUCUCUCCCCAGUGCUGGGAGCAAGCAAGGCGAGGCAACUUCGGCUGCGCCUGUCUACCCACAGAUCAUCAACACUUUCCACAUAGCCUCAUCCUUUGGGAAGUGGUUUGAGGGCUCGGACCAGGCCUUCCCGAAUACCUCAGCCCUGACAGGGGUUAGCCCUGUCCUGCACAGCUUCCGCGUUUUUGAUGUGCGCCACAAAAGCAACAAGGAUUACCUGAACAGCGAUGGUUCUGCCAAAAGUUCCUGCGUAUCCAAAGAUGUUCCCAACAAUGUGGACCUGUCCAAAUUUGAUGGCUUUGUGCUUUAUGGAAAGCGGAAGCCCAUCCUGAUGUGUUUCUUGUGCAAGCUCUCCUUUGGAUAUGUCCGCUCAUUUGUGACCCAUGCGGUGCAUGACCAUCGAAUGACUCUGAGCGAGGAGGAGCGGAAAAUUCUUAGCAAUAAGAACAUCUCCGCUAUCAUCCAAGGAAUAGGCAAAGACAAGGAACCCCUUGUAAGCUUUUUGGAACCAAAAAACAAAAACUUUCCACACCCUUUAGUUUCCACAGCUAACCUCAUAGGCCCUGGACACAGUUUCUAUGGCAAAUUCAGUGGGCUCCGCAUGGAAGGGGAAGGGGGUACCCAGGUUGGGGCUGCCAGUGGAGCAGAACAACCCCAGUCGGGCCUCUUGGCCUCUGGGGCUCUCUUGAACCUUGGAGGGCUAACAAGUUCAGCUUUGAAGACCCCAAUUACCUCAGUCCCCCUGGGCCCACUGGCUUCCAGUCCAACAAUAUCCUCCGAGGGGAAGGAGGACCCUGGGAUAGUAGAGUAUGAAAAGCAAGACCUGGCUGACCAGGACAGCCUCUCAGAGAAAAUUGAGCCAGCUGGGGAGGACGAGGAGGAGGAAGAGGAGGAGGAAGAGGACGAGGAGGAGGAAGAAGAUGAUGAGGGGUGCAAAGGGCUGUUCCCAAGCGAGUUGGAGGAUGAACUGGAGGAAAGGCCUCCUGAGGAGUCUGGGGCAGUGGCAGGCAGCGGCAGCAGCAAAAAGGACCUUGCUCUCUCAAACCAAAGCAUUUCUCCCUUAAUGCCUAAUGUGCUCCAGACUCUGUCCAGGGGCACAGCUUCUUCUAGUUCUAAUUCUGCUUCUUCCUUUGUCUUUGAUGGUGCAAAUAGGAGGAAUUGUUUAAGCUUUAACAGUGAGGGCAGCAGGAGGCUCGACUUCAGUGAUGAAAGUGCCAAUAAAGACAAUGCCACAGUACCAGAACCAAAUGAGAGUGUUGAGGGUGAAGACGGGAGCUGCAUUUCCCAUCACCAGCAUGUGGGGCCCCUAUGUGAGCUUGGGGGUGGGGAGUGCCCUUCGGGGAGCGGUGUGGAGUGCCCCAAGUGUGACACCAUCCUGGGCUCCUCACGGUCACUUGGCGGCCACAUGACCAUGAUGCAUUCACGAAACUCGUGUAAGACGCUCAAGUGCCCCAAGUGUAAUUGGCACUACAAGUACCAGCAGACGCUUGAGGCUCACAUGAAGGAAAAGCACCCAGAGCCAGGGGGUGCGUGUGCCUACUGCAAAAGCGGGCAGCCCCACCCACGGCUGGCACGGGGCGAGAGCUACACAUGUGGUUACAAGCCUUUCCGCUGUGAGGUUUGUAACUACUCCACUACUACCAAAGGCAACCUCAGUAUUCAUAUGCAGUCUGACAAGCAUCUCAACAACAUGCAGAACCUGCAGAAUGGAGGUGGGGAACAAGUUUUCAGCCACACUGCUGGGGCUGCGGCGGCGGCGGCAGCUGCUGCUGCUGCGGCUGCUGCUGCUGCCGCCACCAACAUGGGUAGCAGCUGUGGGGCCCCCUCCCCCACCAAACCAAAAAGCAAACCAACCUGGCGGUGCGAGGUUUGUGACUAUGAGACCAAUGUUGCCAGGAACCUUCGCAUUCACAUGACCAGUGAGAAGCACAUGCACAACAUGAUGCUGCUUCAGCAGAACAUGAGCCAAAUGCAGCACAACCGCCACUUGGGCCUGGGCAGCCUGCCUGCUGAGGCUGAGCUGUACCAGUACUACCUGGCUCAGAAUAUGACCCUGCCCAACCUCAAGAUGGACAGCGCUGCGUCCGAGGCUCCGUUCAUGAUGGGCAGCUUCCAGAUGGAUCCCACCAACACAAUAGCAUCCAUGGCCCCAUCUCUAGUGGGUGGAGAGAUCCCCCUGGACAUGCGGCUUGGGGGUGGGCAGCUGGUGUCUGAGGAGCUAAUGAACCUGGGGGAGACGUUCACGCAGACCAAUGACCCUUCGCUGAAGCUUUUCCAGUGUGCCGUGUGCAACAAGUUCACCACAGACAAUUUGGACCUGCUGGGGCUGCACAUGAACGUGGAGCGCAGCCUGCCUGAAGAGGAAUGGAAGGCUGUGAUGGGGGACUCUUAUCAGUGCAAGUUGUGUCGCUACAAUACGCAGCUCAAGGCCAAUUUCCAGCUCCAUUGCAAGACUGACAAACACGUGCAGAAGUACCAGCUGGUGGCACAUAUCAAGGAGGGGGGCAAGGCCAAUGAGUGGAGGCUCAAGUGUGUGGCUAUUGGGAACCCCGUGCAUUUGAAAUGCAAUGCCUGUGACUAUUAUACCAACAGCUUGGAGAAGCUGCGUCUCCACACAGCGAACUCCAGGCAUGAGGCCAGCCUGAAACUCUACAAGUUAGCCAUGGAACCGACAAGAGGAGAGGCGACUCUUGAUUUAAUCCUAUAUGAUGCCCUGGAUCUGGUGCAAGAUCACCUUCAGCAUCAUGAGAGUGGAGUUGAUGGGGAAAGCUGCUUCUACCACUGUGUCCUAUGUAACUACUCCACCAAGGCCAAACUAAAUCUCAUUCAGCAUGUUCGCUCCAUGAAGCACCAACGGAGUGAGAGUCUGCGUAAGCUGCAGCGCCUACAGAAGGGCCUUCCCGAAGAAGAGGAGGACUUGGGCCAGAUCUUCACCAUCCAGAAGUGCUCCGCCCCUGAUGCUGAGGAGUUGAUUGAAGAUGCAGAAGGGCCUCCUAGUGAGGCAGCUGCUGAACCAGAAGAGCCUGUUAAAGAUGCAGAGACUGCUGUUGAAAAGGAUGAGGGCAAAUGGGCGGCAGCACAUGUUACCCCAGCUGAAAAGGAGCUGACAGAGUCCCCAGCAUCCUCUAAACGUAUCUCCUUUCCGAGAAGCUCUGAGUCGCCUGUCACCAAAUGGCCUAAAACAUCAGAUGAUACCAAGCUGGAGCAGGUAUAUCAGUGCCCAUAUUGCAAGUACAGUAACACCGAUGUCAACCGGUUGAGGGUCCAUGCCAUGACUCAGCACUCGGUCCAGCCAAUGCUUCGGUGCCCUCUCUGCCAGGACAUGCUCAGCAACAAGAUCCACCUGCAGCUGCACCUCACUCACCUCCACAGUGUCUCCCCGGACUGUGUGGAGAAGCUCAUUUUGACGGUGACAACCCCAGAGGUUAUGAUGCCUAGCAGUAUGUUUCUUCCAGCUGCAACACCAGAUCGAGAUGGGAACACCAGCACGGAUGAGUCAGCCAAGCAGCCUGAGACUUCAGAGGACUUAGGCAAAGGCCUGCUACUGCCUUCUGAGAACACAGGGGAGCGUGGGGCAGAACCAAAGCCUGCUCCGCCUGACCAGGCCUCUGCCAGGGAUGAUGCUGGAUUUCUGUGCUGGAAGAAGGGCUGCAGCCAGGUGUUCAAAAGCUCCACUGCCCUGCAAGCGCAUUUCAAUGAGGUCCACACUAAGCGGCCCCAGUUGCCUGUCUCUGACCGUCACGUUUACAAAUACCGCUGCAACCAAUGCAGCCUGGCCUUCAAAACAAUCGAGAAGCUCCAGCUGCACUCCCAGUACCAUGUCAUCCGGGCAGCUACUAUGUGUUGCCUUUGCCAACGCAGCUUCCGCACUUUUCAAGCCCUCAAGAAGCACCUGGAGACAAGUCACCUGGAACUGAGUGAAGCUGACAUCCAGCAACUGUACGGUGGGCUUCUGGUCAACGGGGACCUCCUGGCCAUGGGUGACCCUUCGCUGGCUGAAGACCACACUGUCAUAGUAGAGGAAGACAAAGAGGAGGAGAGUGACCUAGAGGACAAGCAAAGUCCCACAGGAAGUGACUCUGGGUCUGUACAGGAAGACUCUGGCUCAGAACCAAAACGAGCUCUCCCCUUCCGAAAGGGCCCAAACUUCACCAUGGAGAAGUUCCUGGACCCAUCCCGCCCAUACAAGUGCACAGUUUGCAAAGAAUCCUUCACACAGAAAAACAUCCUUUUGGUCCACUACAAUUCAGUCUCUCACCUGCACAAGCUGAAACGAGCCCUCCAAGAGUCCACCUCUGGCCAGCCGGAGCCCACCAGCAGCCCCGACAACAAGCCCUUCAAGUGCAGCACUUGCAGCGUGGCCUAUAGCCAGAGCUCCACCUUAGAGAUCCACAUGCGGUCCGUCCUACAUCAGACCAAGGCACGAGCUGCCAAACUGGAGGCUGCAGGGGGUAGCAGUGGCAGCAGCAACAGCAAUGGAGCUGCUGGUGGCAGUGGUGGCAGCAUCAGCAGCGUCUCUCUGGGCUCUUCCACACCCAGCCCCAUCAGCACAACCACCACCACCUCCUUUGCCAUGACAAACACAAGCACUGCCAGCACAGCUCCCGUCUCUAGUCUGCUCAGCCAGGUCUCUUGCGAGAGCACUGGGAUCCCUUCUCUCAGCAACCCCAUCACUACCAGCUCCACCCUGGCAGCUGCUGCAAGCCCCUCUGAGCCCAAAGAGGUGAACCGUAAGAAACUGGCUGACAUGAUUGCUUCACGGCAGCAGCAACAGCAACAGCAGCAGCAGCAUCAAGCUCACACUUUGGCGCAGGCACAGGCGCAAGUACAGGCGCAGCUCCAGCAAGAGCUCCAGCAACAAGCUGCUCUCAUCCAGUCACAGCUCUUCAACCCUGCUCUCCUGCCCCACUUCCCGAUGACCACAGAGACCCUCCUCCAGCUCCAGCAGCAGCAGCACCUUCUCUUCCCCUUCUACAUUCCCAGUGCCGAGUUCCAGCUGAACCCCGAAGUGAGCUUGCCUGUGACCAGCGGCACACUGACACUGACUGGGACCGGACCUAGCCUUCUGGACGACUUGAAGGUGCAGCUCCCCCAGCCAGGCCACCCACCACUCCUGCAGCAGCCGCCACAGCAGCAGCUGGCUCAAGGUCAGCUGUCACAGCCGCCUCAUUGUGUUCUCCUCCAGCAGAGCCAACACUCAGAGAAGAAGAGCAAGGCUUUUGGGAAGGAGAAGGAAGUCCAAAGGGAACAGGAGAGCUUUGAAAAGGGGGAUGGCACCUCCAUCUCUAAAGAGCACCUGCCUGACACCCUGAAGUCCAAAGACAAGCCAGAGUCAGCAGGGACAGGAUCGGGCCCUGCAGAACCUUCUAUGUUUCCUCCUCGUAUCGCAUCAGAUGCACGUGGGAAUGCCACAAAAGCCUUGCUGGAAAACUUUGGUUUUGAGUUGGUCAUUCAGUACAAUGAGAACAAGCAGAAGGUGCAGAAGAAGGCUGGGAAGACAGAGCAGGGUGACAACUUGGAAAAGUUGGAAUGUGAGUCAUGUGGGAAAUUCUUCUCCAACGUCCUCAUCCUGAAGAGCCACCAAGAACAUGUCCACCAGCAUUACUUCCCCUUCAAGCAGCUGGAAAAGUUUGCCAAGCAGUACCGUGAACACUACGACAAGCUGUAUCCACUGCGGCCUCAAACUCCAGAGCCGCCCCCUCCCCCGCCGCCACCGCCCCCUCCACCUCUUCCUCCUCCUCUGCCAGCUCCACCUCCACAGCAGCCUUCUACACCUACCAUUCCUGCUUCGGCUCCAUCCAUUACAUCUCCCACCAUUACACCAGCCCAGCCAUCGCUGCCCCUCACUCAACUUUCCAUGCCUAUGGAGCUGCCCAUCUUCUCUCCCCUGAUGAUGCAGACCAUGCCUUUGCAAACCUUGCCUGCCCAGUUGCCACCGCAGCUUGGCCCCGUGGAUGCUUUGCCUGCAGACCUGGCCCAGCUGUACCAACACCAGCUCAACCCAGGCCUUCUGCAGCAGCAGCAGCAGAACAAGAGGCCACGCACGCGGAUCACAGAUGACCAGCUCCGGGUCUUGAGGCAAUAUUUUGAUAUCAACAAUUCCCCAAGCGAGGAGCAGAUCAAGGAGAUGGCAGACAAGUCUGGACUGCCACAGAAGGUGAUCAAGCACUGGUUUCGGAACACACUCUUCAAAGAGCGCCAGCGCAACAAGGACUCCCCAUACAACUUCAGCAAUCCUCCAAUUACCAGCCUGGAGGACCUGAAGGUAGAUUCUCGACCACCCUCUCCAGAGCCUCAAAAGCAUGAGUACUGGGGAAGCAAGAGGUCUUCCAGGACUCGCUUUACUGACUACCAACUCCGAGUGCUGCAGGAUUUCUUUGAUGCCAAUGCUUACCCCAAGGAUGAUGAAUUCGAGCAGCUCUCAAAUUUGCUCAACCUUCCAACCCGUGUGAUAGUGGUAUGGUUUCAGAAUGCUCGCCAGAAGGCCAGGAAAAACUACGAGAAUCAGGGGGAAGGGAAGGAUGGAGAGCGACGGGAGCUGACAAAUGACAGGUACAUCCGGACAAGCAACUUGAAUUACCAGUGCAAGAAGUGCAGCCUUGUCUUCCAGCGCAUCUUUGACCUGAUCAAACAUCAGAAAAAGCUGUGCUACAAGGAUGAGGAUGAAGACGGGCAGGAUGACAGUCAGAACGAGGAUUCCAUGGAUGCAGCAGAGCUGCUGACCCCAACCAGUUCCUCCUGCAGCACCCCAAUGCCUUCCCAGGCCUACAGCACCCCCACGUCUUCUGCAAACACAGCCUGCUCUUCCUCAGCUUUCCUACCACAGCUCACUGCUGAAGCAGACGAUGACUUCGCCAUCUAUAGUUCUAAAGCAGAAGCUACAGACGAAAAACCAAAGCAACCUGAACCUCCAAGUACGCAGCAAAACCAAACUCCAGAGAAGCAAAUGCAACCAAAGCAGGAGGUGCAGCAGCAGCAGCAGCAGGACCCAGGCGAGCCAAAGGCCAGUGCAGCACACCCAAAGGCCUCCCCACCCACCCCACAGCAAUCAGUCCAGCCUCCUCCACAGUCUGUGCUGCCACAGUCCAGUCCUAGCCCCUCACAACUCUCUCACCUACACCUCAAGCCCCUUCACACAUCCACCCCUCAACAGCUGGCCAACAUGCCUCCUCAGCUCAUCCCCUACCAAUGUGACCAGUGCAAACUAGCAUUUCCCUCCUUUGAGCAUUGGCAAGAGCAUCAGCAGCUCCACUUCUUGAGUGCCCAGAACCAGUUUAUCCACCCCCAGUUUCUGGACAGGACUUUGGAUAUGCCUUUCAUGCUCUUUGACCCCAGCAACCCCCUCCUGGCCAGUCAGCUGCUGUCUGGGACGCUCCCCCAGCUGCCCAUGAGCUCAGCCACUUCACCCUCCACACCAACAUCCACCAUGAGCACACUGAAGAGAAAGUUGGAGGAGAAAGCCAGUGCAAGUCCUGGCGAGAAUGACAGCAGCACUGGCGGGGAGGAGCCCCAGAGGGACAAGCGUCUCCGAACAACCAUCACCCCAGAACAGCUGGAAAUUCUCUACCAGAAAUACUUACUUGAUUCCAACCCUACCAGAAAGAUGCUUGACCACAUUGCUCACGAGGUAGGUUUGAAAAAACGUGUGGUGCAGGUUUGGUUCCAGAACACUCGGGCCCGGGAGCGGAAGGGGCAGUUCCGGGCAGUGGGGCCUGCCCAGGCCCACAGGCGGUGCCCUUUUUGCCGGGCCCUCUUCAAAGCCAAAACAGCCCUGGAAGCACACAUCCGAUCGCGGCACUGGCAUGAAGCCAAGCGGGCAGGGUACAACUUGACCUUGUCAGCCAUGCUUUUAGAUUGUGAUGGAGGGCUCCAGAUGAAGGGAGACCUCUUUGAUGGAGCAAGCUUUGCUCACCUGCCACUCACCAGCAGCGAUAGCCAGGGCAUUCCGCUCUCCCCAGUGAGCAAGUCUCUGGAGCUCUCUCCUCGAACUCUGCUGAGCCCCUCCUCCAUUAAAGUAGAAGGGAUAGAGGACUUUGAGAGCCCCUCUAUGUCCUCUGUCAAUCUGAGCUUUGACCACACCAAGCUGGACAACGAUGACUGCUCCUCUGUCAACACAGCCAUCACAGACACCACCACGGGGGAUGAAGGCAAUGCAGACAAUGACAGUGCCACGGGGAUCACCACUGAAGCCAAAUGCACCUCAGGGCCAGGUGAGGGCCUGACCAAGGCUGCCAUGAUAGCAAUGUCAGAGUAUGAAGACAGACUGUCUUCUGGCCUUGUCAGCCCAGCUCCCAGUUACUACAGCAAAGAGUAUGACAAUGAAGGUACUGUGGACUACAGUGAGACCUCCAGCCUGGCAGACCCUUGCUCACCCAGCCCUGGCACAAGUGGCUCAGCGGGCAAGUCUGGAGAUAGCGGGGAUCGGCCAGGACAGAAGCGCUUCCGGACACAAAUGACGAACCUCCAGCUGAAGGUCCUAAAGUCCUGCUUUAAUGACUACAGGACUCCAACCAUGCUGGAAUGUGAGGUCCUGGGCAACGAUAUUGGGCUGCCAAAGAGAGUUGUUCAGGUCUGGUUCCAGAAUGCUCGGGCCAAGGAGAAGAAGGCCAAGCUCAGUAUGGCCAAGCAUUUUGGCAUUAACCAAGCAAGUUACGAGGGACCCAAAACAGAGUGCACUUUGUGUGGUGUCAAGUACAGUGCCCACUUGUCUGUACGUGACCAUAUCUUCUCUCAGCAGCACAUUUCCAAAGUGAAGGACACCAUCGGAAGCCAGCUGGACAAAGAGAAGGAGUACUUUGACCCAGCGACUGUCCGUCAGUUGAUGGCGCAGCAGGAGCUGGACCGGAUCAAGAAGGCCAAUGAAGUUCUCGGCCUGGCUGCUCAGCAGCAAGGCAUGUUUGACAGCCCCCCUCUGCAGGCUUUGAACCUUCCUGCCACCUACCCAGCAGCACUUCAGGGCAUCCCUCCUGUCCUCUUGCCGGGCCUCAACAGCCCAUCCUUGCCUGGCUUCACUCCCUCAAACACAGCUUUAACUUCUCCAAAACCCAACCUGAUGGGUCUACCCGGCACAAGCAUCCCCUCGCCUGGCCUUCCCACCUCUGGAUUACCAAAUAAACAACCUUCGGCCUCCCUGAGCUCCCCCACCCCAGCACAAGCCACAGCGGCCACGGUUCCACAGCCACAGCCACCGCAGCCUCAGCCACCGCCUCGGAAGGACAAAGAAAGUGAGAAGACGAAAGAGAAGGACAAAGCACCCAAGGGGGGGAAGGGGGAUUCCCUGCUGGCACCCAAGAAGGACAAAGUGGAGGUGCCUGCCCCAGCUGCCCUCUCUGCCACGCUGCCUGCCAUGGAGUACUCUGUGGACCCCACGCAGCUCCAGGCUCUGCAGGCAGCUCUGAACUCGGACCCCACAGCUUUGCUGACGAGCCAGUUCCUCCCCUACUUUGUCCCUGGUUUUUCUCCCUACUAUGCCCCUCAGAUCCCAGGGGCCUUACAGAGCGGGUACCUUCAGCCCAUGUAUGGCAUGGAGGGGCUGUUCCCUUAUAGCCCUGCACUGUCACAAGCCCUGCUCGGCUUGUCCCCUGGUUCCCUGUUGCAGCAGUACCAGCAAUAUCAACAGAGCCUGCAAGAAGCGUUGCAGCAACAGCAGCAGCAGCAACAACAACAGCAGCAGCAGCAGCAGCAACAACAACAGAGGCAAGCGCAACAGCAGCAGCAGAAAUUGCUGCAGCUGCAGCAGCAGCAGCAGCCCAAAGGAAGCCAAACCCCAGUCCCCUUAGGGGCUGCUACCCCAGAAAAAGACCCUGCCAAAGAAUCCCCCAAGCAAGAAGAGCAGAAGAAUGCACCCCGCGAGGUGUCCCCCCACCUGCCCAAACCCCAAGAAGAGCCUGAAACGGAAAGCAACAGUGCUGUGGACUCCCUCUGUGACCCCUUCAUCGUUCCAAAGGUGCAGUACAGGCUGGUCUGCCAGAAGUGCCAGGCAGGCUUCAGCACCCAGGAGGCAGCCACCGACCACCUGAAGUCCCUCUGCUUCUUCGGCCAGUCUGUGGUGAAUCUGCAAGAGAUGGUGCUUCAUGUGCCCACGGGCGGCAGCAGCAAGGGCAACAGCUCGUACCAGUGUGUGGCGUGUGAGAGCACGGUGUGCGGGGAUGAAGCCCUCCAGCAGCAUCUUGAGUCUGCCUCGCACAAACAUCGAACAAUCCCAAGAGCAGCAAGAAACGCCAAAGAGCACCCCAGUCUAUUACCUCACUCCGCCUGCCUCCCCGACCCUAGCACCGCAUCUACCUCGCAGUCUGCCGCUCACUCAAAUGACAGCCCCUCCCCCCCGUCCUCAGCUUCCCCCCACACCUCCAGAAAGUCUUGGCCUCAAGUGGUCCCCCAGGCUCCUCUGGGGAAGCCUCCUCCUCCUCCUCUCUCCUCAUCUUCAACGGUUACCUCAAGUUCAUGCAGCACCUCAGGGGUUCAGCCCUCGAUGCCAACAGAUGACUAUUUGGAGGAGUCUGACUCGGAUCUUAGCCAAAAGUCCAAUGGACCGGCUAGCCCGGCGGAGAGGCCUGAGGAGCCAAGCUGCCCCAAGGACGGUGGUCUCACUAGCCUAGAAAUGGACACCUUUAGAUUGUAAGCUUUGAAGAUGAACAAUUUAAAAAAAUGAAUUAAAAAAAAAAUUAACAAACCAAUUUCAAAAAUAGACUAACUGCAAUUCCAAAGCUUCUAACCAAAAAAAAGAAAAAGAAAAAAAGAAGAGAGAAGUGUGGGUUGUUUUCCCAUAUACCGAUGCCGGCAGAUUUUCCAUUGCUUUCUUUUUGCAUUUCGGCUGUGCUGUGUUGGUCUGGAAGGCCCAAGCCCCCUACCCCACCCUGGUUGCCUCUCCGGGGUCUUUCUGUCUGUCUGUGGAGCCCCAGCCCUCCCCCCCCCCUUUGAGAGCACAGCAGAGGCCGGCAUAACUGUAUGGGAAAGCAGACCACCUUGUUACCGUUUUAAAUUUCUUGCUAUCUUAGCAUUCAGAUACCAAUGGCUUGCUAAAAGGAAAAAAAAAAGAAAUGUAACGUCUUUUUAUUCUCAGGUCAAUCGCUCACACUUUGUUCGGUUUUCAGAAUCAUUGUUUUAUAUAAAUAUAUAUAUAUAUAAUUUCUUUUUUGGUUUUGAUUUUUUUUCCAAGAAAAGGAAUUUUUUUGUUAAUUUAAAAAUGGGCAGAAAGUCUUCAAGAGACAAACAAUGUGAACUGUGUUAGCUUUCUGGGGAUUUUAAGGGUAGCUUUUCUGCUGAAGCCAAUUUCAAGGGGAAAAGUUCAGCACUCCCACUUUUCAGAAAAACAAACAAACCCAACAACACGCAAAGAGUGUUAAGGACUUGGAGCUUAAAAAUAAGUUUUAAAACAACUGACUUUCUGUAUUUAUGAUAGAUAUGACCAUUUUUGGUGUUGAGUAGAUUGUUGCAUUGGAAAUGAACUGAAGCAGUAUGGUAGAUUUAAAAGAAAAACCCCUUUUGUGUACAUUUAGCUUUUGUAUUGGUCCAGCUGACGGCUUCUCAUUGGAUGUUGUCUUGUUCAUUCCUAGCCAGCUAGAUUACAACCCAUCGAUUCGCUCGCCGAAGCUUCCCCUCCCCCUUUGUACCUUGACUCCCUUCUCCAUCCUGUAAUCUUCCACUUAUGGUCACUGCCUUCAUUUCUUAGAGGGCAGCUGCAGAAUUAUUUUAUAAAAACUAAAGAAAAAAUUCAAAGGGUUUCAAAGGGGGUCAGUAGGAUCCCUUGCAGAAUAUUUUUGUUGGGGGUUCAAAACUUUUUAAGGUGUAUACAUGUCUGUUACCCUUGUGCACUUAACUCUGUCUUCUUCUUUUCUUUUUCUUCUUCUUUUGGCUUCCUUUCCUCAUUUUGUAAAUGCUUCAAAGGCUCCAUUUUGGAACUGUAGGCCUUUGUUUCUCUUUGGGUAAUUAGGGUGCACUUCUUCCUUUUUCCAAGGACUUUUUGUUAUAUAUGUGUGUGUGUGCUUGUGCGUGUGUGUGCGCGCGUGCAUGUGUGGGUGGGUUUUGUUUUGUUUUUCUGUUUUGUUUUUCUUUCCUCGAAAAGAAAAUUCAUGCUUUAAAUAAAAUCCAAAGACAAACCCUUUUCACCACUGGUGCAGAAUGAGCAAAAAGGAUUCUUUUGACUUGAGGAUUUGUUUCUGAUUACCGCCACAAGAAUCAGUUUAAAUAAAGGAACUCAUAAAGAAAAACAUGCAUGUAGGUUGUUCUCUGUGCUUCUUCUGCAAGCAGAGGAGCAACCCUUCCUGCAACUGCAACAAACAACACGAUGCUCCUGCGUUGUUAGGGUGGUGUCGCUGCUAGUGUCGUGUGAGCCCCAGAGGGGCAGGCAACAAAAAGCAUUUGGGGCCUGGUGCAAAUCUCUCUCUGCUCCUGGUGGCAUCUUCUCUGGUCCGGAAACUGAAAGGAAAACUUUGUGCUGCUACAAUGUAGAGUUUGGAGACAAGCAGGCCUUGCAUGGUCACUUCCUAGCCAAAGGUCAACAUUCCCUUCUCCCUCCCUGCACCCACCCUCAAUAGUGAAAGGCCGCCUCCUCCUCCUCCUCCUCCUCCUCUUCCUGACCAUCUUCCUUGUGUUUCAAAAGGGAACUAGACUGUGAAUGGGGGGAGGGGGAGGGAAGGGGCACUUCUUUCUCCUUCAGACUUCUCUUCCCUUCCUCCCUUCUCCCCAGCCCGCAAACUGUGGAAGCUGCCAGAGCCCCUGGGUGAGGCUGGUGUGUUCCAUCCCAGAGAGGAAGGGCGGGUGGGCAGGCAGACUGACCAAUGGACAGCAGCAGCGUCCUCCUCCUCCUCCUCCUCUCUCCUUCCCUCCCAAACCAGGACUCUUCAUGCCUUUUUUGUCUUUAGCUUAAUGGAAGACUCAACCUUGAACUGGUGUACAUAUUUCUGACUAGACUGAUGCACAAUGCAAGUUGCUUUUUUUAAAUUUUUUAAGUAGACCGUACUAAAAAGAGUACCAUUGAAUAUUCCUGCCAGUAUCCAAUUGUAGCAUAAGGUGUCAAAAGCGGACAAAAUGUUGCUGUUUUCCCUUUUUACAAAGAUCCUUGUAUUUUUCCCUUGCUUGAGAUGAACAUUUUUUAAAUUUUAAAGUUGUACAGUUUUUGUUUCCAUUAUUUUAUCUUGUUUGUAAUUCUAUGAAAAAUAUAUAGAUAUAUAUAUAUAUUUUUUGCCAUUUAACUUGUAUGUUACUCUGUAUCAUAUAGAAGUUUUUUGUUUUGUUUUGGUUCUCUGUGUGGUAUAAGUUGCCAGUUAAACACUAGCUUUACCUGUCAGGUUUGCGUGGUCUGCUUUGAAAUCAUUUUGUUUAUUUCCCCUUCUCCCUCCCUCCCCCCCCUUCCCCUGCCCCACUCCCGUAGAUUAAUCACACAGGGUGCAAUCUUCCUCCUCCCACUCCAAAUAGUGUUUCAGUGCAUUUUCUGAUAACUCUUCCUCUGUGUGGGGGGAGACUCUCCCAGUCUGAUGAGAGACGUCUCUGUCCUAGAAGGGCAGAGCAGCCUCCCCUGCUGCCCCUCUCCUCUCUCCUGCUCCCACAGCCAACAUGGAGCUCAUAGAGCUCCCUGAGCCAAGUAGCCCCUCCAAGCCAUCCUCUGCCUCCUCCCACCCUGCCAUUUGGGGUUGUGUGGGUUGGCACUUGGGUUCUGCAGAAGCUCAGCAGGGAAGGAGGAGCAGCUGCACUAAGCAGCACCCAGAGUAGUGCUGGGAAGUGGGGGUGGGAAUGAGGCCUCUGUGCCAGCCAGUAUUUGGUGCCUGGGCUGCAAAAUCCUCCAGCCUCUUCUUUCCCAUGGAACUGGCCUCUUACCUGAGCCACCGUUCACACUGCGGAGAUGUCAUUUUGUUUUUAACAGCUCUCCCUUGAUGCUGGAAUUUAAGCCAAGUGAUAGAACGGAAAACACAAGCAUGGCAUUAUUGAGCAGAGCAGUGUCUGUAACCAAGAGUGUUCUGAAGAAGUGGAAUGUUGCUGGCUCUGGUUCCAACCAAGACCGUGCCAGGUAGGCAGGCAGGUGAUGACUGAGGUGCAGCAGGGCCCCUGUGCAAGCCAGCACAAAGGGUGGCAGUCUGGGACUCUCUUAAACAGAAGUAGAACAUGAGAUAUUUGGUUGGAUUGAUGGCGCUGGAAAUCCUGCCCACUGUGAAACACAAAGUUUUUGACUAUUUUUCAUUUGUUUGAUUCGGGGGCGGGGGGUGGGGACAAGUCUGGAUAAAACAGAAAGCAUAAAUGAGGUGAAGAGGUAUAUGAACAGCCUUUGCAAUGUACAAAAACUAGAGCAAGUGAAACCAAAAAUGAUGUUCUUGGUGUUUUUCUAUAAUGUAGUCUUGUUAGCUUUUUUGUUACUGUAACAAUGCUGAUCUCGAACUGUACCAAAAUACAUGGAGACGGACAAAAACAGAAACCACACGGAACUCUUAAAAAAAAAGAUUUUGUCACAAAACACUUUGUUGUCAUAGUUAAGUUGAUUGUAGAUGGUAAUUGAAUAUACUCCUUUGAAAAUA